AUGAGCCGCGCGGGGAGUCAGCGGGAGCGCGAGGAGUGGCAGCUGGACUACAGCCAGUUCGAGGCGGCGCGGCGCGACCUCGACGACGGCCAUGGCCGGCUGCGAAUGCUCAGACGGCUGGCGGGGCGGAACCCCGUGGACGGAUACUACCGGCAGCAGAACGAGAUGAUUGACGGAUUCAGUGAGAUGGACGCGCUCAGUGAGCAGCUGCUGCCGCCCACUCCCAGU